GUGGGAGCUGAAAGGUGGGAAAAUUUAUUUCUGUCGCGUCGCUGCAUACCCGUAACAUAAACAUGAUUUUCAGAAACAGUUUACAACUUAACGGAGUGUAGAAAUAUACUCUUCAGUUAUUCAUUCAUCGCCAUCACCGAACGAUUGUUUCGAGGGGCAGGGAAGGAGCAGGCCUCAACAUCCCUGUGUGUGUGUGGAGGCUGACAGCCCCUCAGUGUGAUUAUUAUUUUUUUUCCUCUGCAAAUCAGCGGCUUACCUGUUUGUGCAGCAUGAAGAUUGCGGUAGAAGGCUGCUGCCACGGGGAGCUGGACAAGAUCUACGAGACGAUCGGCUACCUGGAGAAGAAGGAAGGGGUGAAAGUGGAGCUGCUGCUUUGCUGCGGAGACUUCCAAGCGGCGCGAAAUGAAGGAGACAUGAUGUGUAUGGCUAUACCACCCAAGUACAGAUCGAUGCAGACCUUCUACAAAUACUAUUCUGGAGAGAAGAAGGCUCCCGUCCUGACCAUCUUCAUUGGAGGGAACCAUGAGGCUUCCAACCACAUGCAGGAGCUGCCUUAUGGCGGCUGGGUGGCCCCCAACAUUUAUUAUCUAGGUUACGCUGGUGUUGUUCGCUUCAAAGGGAUCAGAAUUGGUGGCGCAUCUGGAAUCUUCAAAUCACAUGACUACAGAAGGGGUCACCAUGAAUUCCCUCCAUACAAUCCCAACACACUCCGAAGUGUGUACCACAUCCGAAAUAUUGAGGUAUUCAAACUGAAACAGAUCCAGAUGCCCGUAGACAUUUUCAUGAGCCACGACUGGCCCCGUGGAAUCUACCACUAUGGAAGUACGGCGGAAUUGUUGAGGAAGAAGAAGUUCCUGCGUCAGGAGGUGGAGUCCAACUCUCUGGGAAGUCCUGCUGCAGAGGAGCUCCUAGCUCACCUCCAGCCCAGCUACUGGUUCUCUGCACAUCUGCAUGUGAAAUUUGCUGCUCUUAUGCAGCAUCCGCCUAAAGCUAAUGCUGCCCCACGUGUGACCAAGUUCCUGUCUCUGGAUAAAUGUCUGCCCUACAGGGAGUUCUUACAGAUCGUGGAUGUUGCAGAGAGACCGGGUUCAUCCGAGGGUCUCGAGUAUGAUCCAGAGUGGCUUGCUAUUCUGAAGUCGACAAACAGUCUACAAAACACCGCCCCUCACCCCUGGAACCCCCCAGAGAAUAACGGCCUGCACGAACGGUGGGACUUCACACCUUCAGAGGCAGCGAUGAUGCAGGUGGUGAAGGAUCUCGGCGGUGAUCUCGCCGUUCCAGACAACUUCAGCCGGACCGUGCAACCCUACGACCCCAACAAGCCCCAACCGCACGCCACCCCCAGCUGUAACACCAACCCUCAGACCACCGAGCUCUGUGCCACGCUGGGUCUCACCGACCUCUACGCUCACGUGGGGCAGGGAGGUGGCGACUUGAGCAGAAUUCAGGGCAGCACAGGAGGGGGGGAUGAUGGUGGUGAAAGUGCGGACGAACCCAGCGAGUACCCGACUGACACCUCGGGAUUGUUGAGUUCGUACAAUCCCGAUGAGAUCACCAUAGAGGAUGAGUGGGAGGAAGAGGAAGGAAAGGAGGAGGGCGGGUGUAACCCACCAUCAGCCGUAAAGGGAGCAAAUCUCUCUGACGUACCUGUAGGUGAAGUCCACCCCCCCGGCCGAAUGGUUCUGCCCGCGCCCAAAUCUGAUACCUCACCCACUGACCUGUCCCCCCUGAUGAACCUGCCGCCUCCCUCCCACUCUACCCCAGCAGUAGCUCCCGCUUCCUCUGGAGCAGAAACGGAAGAACACUGUGAGGAAGACGAUGACGAGGCCUCUCGUACCUUAAAGCGUACGAGCGACGAAGCCGAGGCUCCCGGCAGUAAAGGCACAACUCCCAGAAUCAAACGCAGGAACCAGGUGAUCUAUACAACAGUGGAGGACGACGACGAGUGAGGACUCAUUUCAUACCGAGUACAAUUCUUGAUUUUAUUGAUUUGUAAAACUUCGUAUUAAGUUAUGUAUCUACUUUCUGCCUUUUUAUACAGCUAACGUGACAAAGCAGAAGUUUGUCUUUAUUAAAACGUCCGAGAAGCAGACGGACAGGUUGUGUUGAAAUGUUUUUGUACGGAUAGUUUCAAGAGUAAAGAGGCCGAGAAAUUAAAAUAUCCUUUGUUUUUAAAUGAA